AUGUUUCGUUAUACUAAAACUGUAUUUUCACAAGUAUCAAGAAAAGGGAGAAAUAGACUUCAAAAUAACGUAUCUCAUAUUCCAGAUAAUGCACCCAGACUACAAGAAAAUGAAAACUGGCUACAAAACUUGUCUUCUGAAAAACAACUAGAGCCAAAGAUUUCUAAAGCAUUGAAAUUAGGCAAUAGUGUAAAAAAACAGAUUGAAUUGGUCGAAGACUACCCAAAUGGCCACAUAAUUAAUGAGAAUGAUAAAAUCGACAAUCAUGAUAGCACAAAAGAUUACACUAUAAUAUCUACGCCACCACAAACACCAUUUAUCCAUAUUAAAUCACCAUUAAUAAAUUUUACCAAUAUUAAAUAUUUCAAUCAUUCCUUUAAUAAACAAUCAAACGCCUUUAUAGAUGUUAGGAUCGUAAAAUGUAAAAGUGGUGAUGGUGGUGACGGAUGUGUAUCCUUUUUCAGGGAUGCGAAUCGUGCAGUGGGUCCACCUAAUGGUGGGGAUGGCGGUGACGGUGGCUCUAUAUAUAUUCAAACAGAUCCUGCGAUUAAUUCUUUGGCAAAAUUAAGUCACAGCUAUAUUGCUACCAAUGGUGGGAAUGGUGCAAAAGAUCAAUUAGAUGGGAAAAGGGGCAAAGAUAUUUUAAUAAAGGUUCCGUUGGGUACACUAGUUAAAUGGUCUUUUGAUCCAAAAAUCAUUAGGGCUUUCAUAAAUGAUAAAUUAGAAAACAUGACUGAAAGUAACAGCAAUCACAACAUUAGAAAUUUGUUAAAACAUCAAUUUGUUGAUUUGGAUUGUGUUGGUGAGUUUGCAACUGAUAGAGAUCCUCAAUACAUCCAACUAUUUAGAAAAUCAUAUGAGCCUGGUGAAGGUUGGGUUUUUAAAGAAAAGGAUCAUGAGUAUCAUAUUGGUAAGCAGUGGUUUAGGGAUUUAAGACAUAAAAUUAAGAAGCAUGAUUUGGUUUUAGACAAUGACGAAUUAUUAGUUGAUAAAUUUCCAUUGGAAGGUUUGGAUUUAGAUAGAGAGAUGGAUCACCCAGUGCCUUUGUUAAUUGGUGGUAAAGGUGGUAUGGGUAAUAUGCAUUUUUUAACUAAUUUGAUUAGAAACCCUAGGUUUGCAAAAGUAGGUAGAAACGGUUUAGAGCAAUAUUUUAUGUUUGAGUUGAAAAUAUUGGCUGACUUGGGGCUUGUUGGUUUCCCCAAUGCAGGUAAAUCUACUAUUUUAAAUAAAAUAUCCAACGCUAAACCCAGAAUUGGACAUUGGGAGUUUACUACGUUAUCUCCAACAAUUGGUACUGUUUCGCCUAGUUUAUCUAAACCAAGUUUUACAGUAGCUGAUAUUCCAGGUAUUAUUAGAGGUGCAAGUAAGGAUAAGGGGAUGGGAUUGGAGUUUUUGAGGCAUAUUGAACGAUCAAGAGGGUUAGUUUUUGUCUUAGGCAUGGACAGACCAGAGCCUCUCGAAGAUUUGAAAGUUUUGAUUGAUGAAUUGAAUUCACACGGGAUAACUAAAACGCAUAAUGCGUUGGUAAUAUGCAAUAAAUGUGAUGUUAAUCCGGAACAAACAUUUGCCAAAUUUAACUCGAUUCAACGUUUCUGCAAUGAAAUGAAAUGGGAUAUAUGCCCUAUUAGUGCGUUAAAUAAUGAAAAUAUAGACAUAUUGAUUUCGAAAAUGUCUGAUUUGGUUGAGCAUGGUAAAAAUUCAUAUAAAAGAGCCAUUAAGAUUAAUUUGGAAUCAUUAUGA